AUGUUUUCGUCUAUUAUUGAUGUGCUUGAGGAAAUUACAAAUGAUAAAUUGAAUAGUGAGCAAAAAUAUGAAGCAUCUAUUAUGUUACAAAUGGUGCAAACAUAUGAUUUUGUCUUUAGCUUGCAUUUGGUGAUGAAUAUUCUUGGGAUCACAAAUGAAUUGUCACAAGUCUUACAAAAAGGUGAUCAAUAUAUUGUGAAUGCAAUGGAUUUAGUCAAAAUAUGCAAGAAACAACUACUAAUGACGAGAGACAAUGGAUGGGAUUCUUUAGUAGAAGAAGUUUCUAAUUUUCGUAUGAAGUUCAAUAUUGAUGUUCUUGAUAUGAAUCAUAUGUAUUGUCCUCAAGGGAAAUCACGAUGCAAGGCUACAAAGCUUACAAAUUUUCACUAUUUCUGUGUUGAUUCUUUCAAUACAGUGAUAGAUUUACAGCUACAAGAGCUAAAUAGUCAUUUUAAUGAGGCUAAUACUGAGUUGCUACUUUGUUUAGCGUGCUUAUCUCCAACUAAUUCAUUUUCUGCUUUUGACAAGGGAAAGUUAAUCCAUCUUGCUCAGCUUUAUCCAUGUGAUUUUUCUACAAUGGAUAUAAAGGUACUAGAAUAUCAACUUCAAACCUAUGUUGAUGAUAUGCGUUCUUAUGUCAAGUUUUCAGGUUUGAAAGGGAUGGUUGAUCUUUCUAAGAAACUAGUUGAGACAAAAAAGGAUAAGGUAUAUCCAUUGGUUUAUUUGCUUAUUAAAUUGGCAUUAACGCUUCCAGUUGCAACAACUUCGGUAGAAAGAGCAUUCUCUGCAAUGAACAUUGUGAAGUAUCAAAUACGCAACAAAAUGGGAGAUCAAUGGCUGAAUGAUAGCCUUAUUGUGUAUCUUGAGAAUGAUGUAUUCAAUGCUAUUGAUAAUGAGUCUAUUAUCCAUUGUUUUCAAAACAUGAAAUCCCGUCGUGGACAACUUUAA